AUGUCUUCUGUGAAAAAAAGCCAGGAUAUUGAGGAGCAGAAUGGACCCAACUAUGGGACUGUCGAUGUCAAGGUUGGCACUCAACAGGACCUUCUCGACCUACAAGAUCUGGACCCUGCUUUCAAUCAGAAAAUGCGACUCGUCAACGAUGCUAUUGACGAAAUUGGUUGGACGCCAUAUCACCUCAAGUUAUUCUUCUUGAACGGCUUCGGCUAUGCUGUUGAUUCAAUGAUCCUUCUCUUCCAGUCCAUCAUCGCGACACAAUCCUUCCGUGAGUUCGGAGAAAAGGGCUACGCCAAUGGCAUGACCAUCGCAGCAUACGUCGGCAUGUUGACAGGCGCUCUUUUCUGGGGUUUCGGCGCCGACAUCAUAGGGAGGAAAUACGCCUUCAACAUCACCCUCUUCCUCUGUUCGGUCAGCUGCAUCAUCGCUGGUGGUAUGCCCAACUGGCCGUCCCUUGGACUUUUUAUUGCACUGGUUAGUUUUGGCGCUGGCGGAAACCUCGUCAUGGAUACAGCUGUUUUUCUGGAGUACCUCCCAAGCAACAAACAGUGGCUUCUGACUCUCAUGGCUUGUUGGUGGGGCUUCGGCCAAGCGAUCGCUGGUUUCAUUGCUUGGGGAUUCAUGGUCCCUGAACGCUGGAACUGUGUUGACGUUGAGGCUUGUACGCGGGGGAACAACAUGGGCUGGCGAUACGUCAUGUUCACAGGCGGCACUCUCGUCUUCUGUCUUUCGCUUCUUCGAGUCACCGUCAUCCGGCUCCGCGAGACGCCCAAGUACCUCCUAGGAGUCGGAAAGGACGAGGAGGUGAUUGAGACAUUCCAAUACCUGGCGACCAAGUACAAUCGCACUUGCUCUCUUACUUUGCAGGACCUUGUUGCUUGCGGAACUAUCACCUCAGCUCACAGCAAGAACCGAUUCUCGAUAAGCGAGACCAUGAUCCAUAUUCGAGGUCUGUUCAUCACCAAAAAGAUCACCAUCUCGACCGCCAGCAUCUUUCUGUCCUGGACUCUGAUCGGUCUUGCGUACCCUCUGUUCUACGUCUUCCUUCCGUCUUAUCUUGCCAGCAGAGGCGCAGUAUUCAACCGUUCACAAUUCGAAAUCUGGCGCAACUAUUCUCUGACAAACAUCAGCGGUAUCCCAGGUCCCGUUGUUGCCGGCUUCAUGUGCAACACCAAGCUUGGCCGCAAGUACACCAUGGUUAUCGGCGCUCUGAUCAGCAUGGCCUUCUUCUUCGCCUACACUUCUGUGAAGACUUCUGUGCAAGACCUUACCUUCACUUGUCUGAUCGCGUUCUGCAUCAACAUCUACUACGGCACUCUUUAUGCCUACACCCCCGAGGUCUUGCCGAGUGCUCAUCGCGCUACUGGAAGUGCUAUUGCUGUCGCGUGCAAUCGAGUGAUGGGAAUUGUAUCGGCUGUCGUCGCGACUGAAGCUAACACUGACACACCCGCUCCUUUAAACGCAACAUCCUGCUUCAAGCUUGAUCAUGAAUCAACAGGAAUUGGAUGCUAUGCAGCGUACACUGCUUCGUCUCUUCUCUCCAAGGCACAGGCUUUAGCGCAUUGGCAUCGCAUCCUUCUCUCCUUGAUCAUCCCUUAUCCCACCGACGGUCCUCUUUCAACUUCUACAACUCACUUUCAACCCCAUCAGACGUCCCGGUAUCAAGUCCUAAAGGCUGAGACUUCAGCCCAUAUAUCAAAGUCUACACUUCCAAGCAACAGCGUCAAUCCGCUCAAGCAGCCCAUCAUGUCUUCAGUCAUGUCGGAAAAGCCGGCCACUCGGUCCAAGCGCAACUCCCCAAAACGCAGUCUUGCGUCCAGCUCAGCAACAAGCGACGCGAAACGCCGCAAGAGCGAACACGUCAAGAAGUUCACCGAAAUGAAACUCGACGACGUCGAACAGAUCUUUCAGAAGUCCCGAGACGCUCUCAACAAAGCGGAGGAACUGUACCAAGACGCUGAAAAAGCGCGCACUGAGAAGCUAGAGACCUACAUGGAUGCCGCAAGGGCCAUGACCGGUGCGCACCAAACGCUUUCGAGCGCAAUGGUCAGAAAGGCGAAUGCGACAAAAGACGUCGCGAGACUGGAAAUGAUCAAGGAUGCCCGAGAGGCAAUUGGGAAACGAGACAACCUACAGAUUCAGGUUGACAAACAGAAGAAAGAGCUCUUUGCGGUUGAAACCAAGCUCUUGAUGUGGGACAACAUCGCCAACAUGGCGGUAGAGAAUCUCAAGGAGGAUGAUCUGGAGCACCUGUUUCAGUUUCAGGAGUAG